GCAGCCCGGCCGGGCAUCUGCAGCUGCCUGCACACAGCCACCGGGGCUCUUCGGGCCACGCGGAUGAUGCCUAGGCUGCCGGAGGAAGUUUUGCUGUUUUUGAUCAGCCCAGGCCUGGGACAGGAGGGGACAGGCAAGCCUAGCCUCUGAGCCCUGGGUGGGGAUUUGGGAGGCUGCGUUAUGGAGCAGGAACAGGAAGAAGUGGGAGCUUGGGGCUCGCACACACUGAGCUCCCCGGCUCCUGUGCAAAAGGCUGGGUGACCUUGGGUGAGACUUAGGGCCUCUGAGCCUCAGUUUUCUUGUUUGUAAGGAAUAGAGGCAUGAGAGGGGUCCUGGGAGGAUCAGGUCCGAGUCACUAGAGGAAGCUCCCCCUGUGGGCUUGGCCCUGUGUGGGUGAAGAGGAAGAUGGACAUAUCUAAGGCCUGCUGGCUCGAGCUCUGCACAGCCUUGGUGUGUGUCCUUGGAAGUCAGAGAGAAGCCAGGAGGAGCCUGCCACUCAGAAAACCCUUGAAAAGGAGAGCUGACCUUGACCCACUGCUGACCCCCACUUCACCUGCGAAAAGUCAAGGCCUGAGGAGGCGAGAGAACCUCUGCCCUCGCAGCAGGCCGGACCCUCCCUUGUGUGGACGCUUGACCUCGGCUAUCCAGGAAGGUAUUCCACUCUGUCCCUUCCCCACAGGCGGGAAGUCCAGGAUGCAAGACACGUGGACACGCCCAGAUUGCUCUUUUCUGAAGUGCCUCCUGACACACUUUUAUGAUGAAGGGACAGGCCACUGUGGCCAUGUGCUAGUGUCCUGUGGCUGCUGUGACAAAUCACACAAAUGUCAGCAUUGUCACUCAAAACAGCACAAGUCCCGUGGAGAAGGCAUCGGGUGCCGCAGGCUGCGCUUCCUGCGGGGCUCUGGGGGAUCGGCCCCGCCUCUUCUUGCCUCUCAGGCUGCCGGCACCCCUCGGCUGGCGGCCCCUGCCUCUGUUGGGCGCUGCGACCUAUCGCUCUUGCCUCUGCUUCUGUCCUCUCUGUCCUCCCACUCGGACGCUCCUCCCCCUCUUUUUCCCUUAUAAGGUCUUUUGUGAUUACAUCGAGCGCCCUGGAUAAUCCAGGAUUGUGUCCCGAUUUUAAGAUCCUGAAAUAAAUGACAUCUGCAAAGCC